AUCGAGUGAAGUGUACAGUGUAAACCUAAUGCGAGAAACUACAACUCUGUGCUUCAACAAGUCGACACAGCCCGCAUUAUUUGCAAAAAAUACAGCUGUCAGGGGAAACUAAAGAAGACAAUACACCCGGGUUGACGUUUAAACAGCCCAGAAAAGUAGUCAGACGUACCUUAUUCGCCAUUGUCGAAGCAUUGAUCAAUCAUUACAAAACAGGCCCUGCGGUUUUCAGGAUUUCAAAUCCUCAGCUGGACAUUUCCCCCCGCUGCUUCUCAACUAAAGAAGACGAAGCGAUAUUUCCUCCCGGUGAAGAUCCGCCGCAACACAGACUUCAACACAUUACUAAAAACACUUUAUUACUUAAAAACUCAAAAACCUUGAAAAGGCGGAAGGAAAGGACCAGAUAGUUGUGCUUCAAGUUUGAAGCGCGCAGAGAGCUGCUGACAGUGCGGAGGGAGUGACCUGCAGCACCGAGAGAAACCGGAAAGGUAGGGUCGGUCCGACAUGGCCCUCCAAGACAUGACUACAACAUUUUCAUUUUUAUUUAGAAAAUACAACUACAAAUUAAAUAAAAUAUGCAACAAAGACAACACAAAAUUAAUAAUAUACAUUGAAAAUGGUUGAUGUUGAAACCACAAAAACAAAACUUAAAAAAUAAGAAUAAUACAAAUGAAUAGGACCUAGUGUUAAUUCUUAUUAUUAUUCUUAUCAUUAUUAUUAUUAUUAUUAUUAUUAUCAUUAUUACUAUUAUUAUUAUUAUUAUUAUUAUUAUUAUUAUUAUUAUUAUUAUUAUUAUUAUUAUUAUUAUGAAUAAGCCAAUUACUAUGAUUCCACCUAAAUGUUUUACUUCCUUACACAGUCCUUCUUUUUUUAGUUCAUAUUUUAUUUUCCAAGAUAUUUCAACAAUGUUUAUACUUUCUGACUACAUAAGACUUAGAUGGAUUUACAUACAAUACAUUGUCACAGUUGUAUUUUUUUUACUCUAAAGACAGCUACUAGUGAGUUUUCUGUCAUUGUUGUUGACAGAUCACAGCUGGCUCACGGGCUGAAAGGGAGUGACCCUAAACUAAUCUAUUAUGCUGCAGUCGCCUUCUGCUGGCCUCGAUGUGCUAUUACAUUUCAAGCAGGAUCUCUCAUUGACUUCUAUGUGGUCAGGACCAGAUAGGCCCAAAUAUCCUUAUGUACAUGCACCUACACAGUGCAAAGUUUUGGACAUCACAAUACAAGACAAAGCAACAAUAACAGAAAUAAUUUAUAGUCACUCUGCUGCAUACUGCAAAACAAAAAAAGGCUUGAUUGUUUUGAAAUAUGGAGGUGGAAUCAGGUUUAAAUGUCCAUAGAGCAGACAUUUUUGAGUUGAUGCACUGAACUAAUUUGAAGUGUCUUGACAAGAUGAAAGCCGAUGGAAAUAGAUGAAUUACAACUGCUGAAAGUAUUCAACAUUUCAAGUUGCAGCCCUGUAGGCAAUUCAUAUUUAACCUUGUCUCUGGCCAAAAUAAGUUAAGGCUAUUACUUUCAUUCCUGCUACUUCCUUCUUCACCUCCUCAUAUUUUAAACACCUGUGAUAUCUAAUUUGUCUUGAUGUGUAAGAACCAGUGGAACAGGUUGAGGAGCUUAGAGAGGAUGCAGUAAGUAGGUGAGGUCUGCUGCCCACCUGACCACAGCCGGUUGAGAAACACAGAAGGGUAUGUGUCAUGUUAUGCAAAGACUUGGCUUCCAGGCUGAUGAUUUCACACCUCUGACAUGAAAUACAGUCAACUUGCAGAUUUGGCACUGAGAAUAAACCAUACAAAAAUAAAUAUAUAGCCCAACAAACAGGUCAGAGCCAAAGUGUAAGUUUUGUUCAACAAGGGCAAACACAAAAUGACAGAGCAUUUUUUGCCUGUAUCACUUGAGUUCAUCUAGCAGCGCAGGUGUGUCGGAGUCAGAGCAGGAAGAGGAGGGUAGGAGGGGUUUUUUUGGCAGCUGUACACAGACUGUGAGCUCAGUUUGAAGAUAUCCAACUUCACAGAGACAUCAUGCACUCUCUGCUUCCUUUCCUCUACCUGUUCUCGACUUGGACGAAAGGAACAUGGGCAGUGGAUCCCACCAUGCCCUUCAUGGAGUACCUGGAUGACGACCAUAUGGUCUGCCUAAUGUGGGGCUUUGAUAACCCGAAGGGAAACAUCACAUUCAAGUUGGAGGUCAACACAACAGGCUGGGUGGGCUUUGGAUUUACUCCAUAUGGAGGCAUGAAGGGGGCAGACAUGGUCAUAGGGGGAGUUGGACCCAAGGGAAGUUACUUCACAGAUCGUCAUGCAUUGGGAAAGUUUAUGCCCUUGGUGGACGAUCAGCAGAGCUACACUCUCCUCUCUAUGAAUGAAAAAGAUGGCCAAACCAUCCUGACCUUUCGUAGGUCCAUUCAGUCAUGUGAUGACGAGGACUUCCCUAUUACUGCUCAACCUAUUAAACUGAUUUACGCCUACGGAUUAACUGAUGAAAUCAAAUACCACGGGGGCAAUAGAGGCACAAAGGAAGUCAACCUGCUGGAAUAUAUGCCCAGGAUGCCUUCAACCAACCUCAACUACCUCAGCGCCUUAAUGGACAAUAUCACUCUCCCAGACGACCAUACCUACUACUACUGCAAGUACAUGAAGUUGAACUUAACUACAAAACAUCAUAUUUAUAUGAUUGAACCUGUGAUCGAGCAGAUUGACAUCGUGCAUCACAUGCUUCUGUACCGCUGCCCCUCCUUUGUGACGGAGGAGAACGACAGGCCGUGCUACAUGGGCGACAUGGGAGAUACCUGCUUUGGGGUGGUGGCUGCAUGGGCAGUGGGAGGAGGGGUAUUUGAGCUUCCAGAAAAUGUCGGUCUUCCUAUUGGCGGUGCGGACAGUGAUUUAAUCUAUAGACUGGAAAUACAUUACAAUAACCCAAGAAAAGAAGCAGGUAGGACAGACAGCUCAGGAAUGAGACUGCACUAUACCGCCCAGCUCCGGCAGUACGAUGCAGGCAUCAUGACCACAGGUCUUUCCCCCCUUUCAUCUUUGAUCUACAAAAUCCCUCCGAAAGCCCCUGAAUUUCACACCUACGGCGUGUGCAAUACCACGCUCUUUUCAGAGAUUCUGAAUCCUAUGCCUGAACUGCAAGUCUUUGCUGUGCUGCUGCACACUCACUUAGCUGGGAGGAAAAUCAGAGUUAGCCACUACAGGAAUGGAACACAGACAGGCUUCUUGGCCUUGGAUGAACACUAUGACUUUGGGUUACAGCAGACAGUCAAUUUGGGGCACAUCACAACCAUCAAGCAGGGUGAUGAGAUUGCAGUGGAGUGCACCUACAAUACUGCCGAUCGUACCAAUGUGACUUUUAUGGGGUUAGGAUCUACUGAAGAGAUGUGCCUAGCCUUCCUAUAUUACUACCCUGCAAUCAGCAUCACCACAUGUAUUAGCCACCCAAACACAAGCAUGUCGGAGGACAGCACAACUUCAGACCAGGAAACGAUUGAUGAGCAGGAAAGUUUAAUGAAGAACCUCCCACAAAUUCAGAAGGCCUACGAUGAUGCCUUCAAGUACUCAGUGAAUGCAAAUGGCACAGUCAGGGAGAUGAUGAAGACACCUGUGACCUGUGAGAAUAGCAACGUGGCCAGCGCUUCCUGUAAAAUGACGCCAGCAGGAAUCAUACUUUUGUUACUCUACAAUGCAAUAAUGUAACAUGUUUGUAGGAGCAACAAGACCAUAACCAUUGAAAUAUUGAGAAAGGAAAGCUCAGUUGAUAAAAUCUAUAUUGUUUCCAACUUUGCAGAAAAGUUUGAAUUCAACUGUUCUACUUUCCUUUUUCUCAUAGCAUAUGUUUUGUUUUUAUAUAUUGAUUAUUAGUCAAUGAUGAAUUGUCAUAUUGUUUGACAUUGAUUUUCAUAUUGUGAUUUACUUCACUUUUUCUUUAAACCCUGUUUCACAAAAAAAAAAAAACGAAAUACUUGGUCACAUCUACCUAGGACAUAUAAAUUAAAUACAGACUCAAUUUAUAAAGUUUAAAUUUCCUAAUACAAGACAUACUAUACCCCAAAAAGCUGAAAGGAAUUCAGCCAUCAGUAAUUGCUAAAUAUACUGUACAUUCUCCAUUUAUGCAUUUACCAUGAUUGUGCAUGUAAUAUAUAAUCACCUGUGUUCAUGUAUUCUGUUAUGUUUAAUGUGCUGUAAGCCUGAUUGCUGAUUUGUAUAUGUAUACCUUGUUAAUUUCUCAAUAAAAAAUAAUAAUCUUAAAAAGUAGAUGCAAGUGCCACGCAUGUAGUUACACAGGCAUCCCUCCAGGGGAGGCUCUAACCUACUAUGCUG